AUGCUUGACACAACAUCACCGUUUCAUAUGAUCAAAUACGGCGUUCUUGCGGCCUUAUUCAAAGCUACCAUCGCAGCACCCGGUCUGAGCUACAAUGGACUUGCGCAGACGCCUCAGAUGGGAUGGGUGAGACCUGCAACACAAUGUACCCCAAAGUCAAUCUAUCAGCCUUACUUUCUGGCUGGCGCCUUCCCUGUACCGACUCGACCGGGUUCUCACCUCUUGAGUCCCACGCGAAAGGACACCUACAACGCCUACGGCCUCGCGUACAACGAGACGACGAUCCUCACCAACGCCGAGCAUCUCGUGACACUCGGAUUCCGCGACCUGGGAUACCGAGUCGUUAUAUUCGAUGACGCCAUGACCGAGCGGGACCGCAGCUCCGAUGGCUCGUUGGUGGAAAACCGUUCCAAAUUUCCCUCGGGUCUUGCAAACAUCGUGGACCGAUUACACAGCGACGGACUGUAUUUCGGCGUGUAUAGCUCGGCUGGAAAAUUCACCUGUGGCGGAUAUCCCGCCAGCUUGGGCUAUGAGGAAACGGACGCCGAAUGGUGGGCGAGCUUGGGCGCCGACUAUCUCAAGUACGAUAACUGUUACAACGAAGGACUGUCGGGGACUCCGAAACUCAGUCAGGAUCGAUACGCGGCUAUGUCAAACGCGCUGAAUACGACCGGUCGACAAUUCGUCUACAGUCUCUGUAACUGGGGAGACGACAAGCCGUGGGAGUGGGCCAGCACCAUCGCCAACAGUGCCAGAAUGUCCGGUGAUAUUCAGGAUAGCUUCUCCAUGCCGACGACCAGUUGUCCUUGUGGUCCGGAGGAAUACUAUUGCCAACUGCCUGGGUAUGGGUGCAGUGUGAUGAACAUUUUAGGCAAGGCCAGCCACAUCGUCAGCAAGAACCAGCCAGGCUACUUCAACGAUCUGGACAUGCUCGAAGUGGGAAACGGAGGCAUGGACUAUGAGGAAUAUAAAUUACACUUCAGCAUGUGGGCGGCCAUCAAAAGUCCGUUGAUCAUGGGGAAUAAGCUCGACAAGCUCAGUCCAGAGGACUACGCUAUUUUGAUCAACCCGGCAGUUUUGGCGAUCAGUCAGGAUCCAAGCGGGAGCGCGAUCCAGCGCAGGGCCAGAGUCGAAGUGGACGAUAGAGAUCAAUAUGGUGUCGGGGAGAUCCAGGUCUGGUCCGGCAGCCUAGCUAACGGAGAUCAAGUAGUAGCAUUCCUCAACGCGGGAAACAGUUCUCGAACAAUGGAGUUCUCGCUCGUCGACGUAUUUGGCGGGUUGAGGACGAAUGAAAACGCGCAGAAGAACUGGGAUCUGUUUGACGUUUGGGGCAACGAAACCGUCAUGAGCAACGACGUCGCGAGCCGAGUCCUCAAUGGGACUUUGGACGUGGGCAAUGCCACAGGCUACUACAAUGCGACCGAGAGGAGUUGGGCGCAGGGUCUGAAUCAGAGCGAAACAUUGUUGUUCGGCACCCCGGUGGGGGGUGUUGAGGCGGGUGGUUCGCUUUCUGCAGAGGUACCUAGGCAUGGGAUUCAGAUGUGGAGGUUGAGAGAAGUAGAGAGUGGGAUGAGAAAGAGAGAUGAAUUGUAA